AUUAUCUGACUAACGACCCCGGCCACUGCGCAGAUCUCCUUCUUCUGCAUUGGCGUCGCCACCAUGCUGCUCACGGUCACGGACAGCUUCGCCGUGAUGAAGGUGCUGUCGCUGAUCAUGGGCCUGUUUGACGGCUGCUUCAUCUCGCUGUUGGGGCCCAUUGCCUUCCAGCUGUGCGGGCAGCGCGGCGCCACCCAGGCCAUUGGCUGCCUGCUCGGGCUGUGCUCCGUGCCGCUCACCAUCGGGCCCUUCGUCGCAGGCCUGCUCUACGAUCACCUGGGCUCGUACCAGUUGCCCUUCCUGCUGGCCGGCGUGCCGCCCGUCGUCUGCUCAGUGCUCAUGUUCGCCGUGCGCUGCGUCCCGGACGACGCCAAGGACGAGGCGUCCGAGAACGGCCUGAUGGUGAAGAGCUGCUCGCCGCUGGAGCCCGUGGGCGACAAGCUCAACGGCCACCACCACGGCGCGGCCGCGACCAUCAGGGCCGCGGGCCAGGCCACAGGAGCAGCGGCCGACAAGUUGUUAUCGAACCUCGACAGCUGAGGGUGCGAAGCCGCUUUCUGCUUUGGUGCUCUUACAACAAGAUCUACAAACUUCAUCUCCAAUCUUCAUUUAUCAUAACAUAUUUUCACCGGGGAGUGGCGAAUGAUUCUGGCCUUCGGUCAGUGUUGCUACACCCUUUUCCCACAUUAUUGUCCUUUACUCCUAUCUGCAGUAUUUGAUUAUAAUCGCAUCCAUAAUACCCAUAGAGAAGUAAACAUUUUUCUAUGGUGGCAGUGUAGAAUCCUAUCGUAAACUUUUGUUAUAGUUGAGGAAGUAGCAACCGAAACUUUUUGUACUUGCAAAGUUUAGACUGACUCGAUUUGUAGAAAAAUCAAAUAUGAAGGCUUUCCGAACAGGGUAUAAAAAUUGAAAGUAUUUUACCAGAAGCUUAUGUUAUUCGAAACAAAUUAUUAAUUUGUCCAUCGUAUUAUAGUGUAUAUUUUGAGUGUACUUAAACAGUAGUGCAUGUGAUGUUUUUAGCCAUAUUAUUGACCUUAAAGUAUAAAUAUGUAUUAAGUUAAUGCCACAUAUCGGAAAUUUACGUUUCUUUUACAUGGUACAUCCUAUUUUUCAAUACCUUAUGACGAAAACCAGAAAAUUAUUCUUUGGAGACUUUUCCCUCAACCUUUUUACAGGUCUAGACAAUAACUGUUUGUCUUGAAAUCACUUAAGACUGAAAGAAAAUUGAUAUAAAUUCCAAUUUGGUUGUCACACCAAUAAUUUGA